AUGAAUUUUUCAAAGCAAAACAACCAUUAUCUGAUGGUUGUUGCUUCCGAUGAUCGGCAGGGCUCGUUGAGUAGAUUUGAUGUGUCCAUACACUCCCAACUAAUCAUGAAUGCCAGCAAAAGAAGGUUCAAAAAUCAUAAUUCGCUUUCCUCAAACAGCCGCAUGAACACGAAAUUACUGCUCUUAAACCCCUCGAGAUCGAAACCUCUCCAGACUGUCCUCAUCCCAAAACACAACUCGAACUCGAAGCCCUUCAUUCCCCAUCUUCUCUUGCUCCUCAACUAUACUCAAUGCAGACAUAACAGCAGGCUCUCCACAGUAAUACAAUCGAAUAACCUUGAGCGUAUCAAUUUCCCCAAUGCCAAAAGGAAUCCCCCUCAACGCGUACAUGUCCACAAGAACAAGUUCCUCGAGUACCGGGAAAUGACAGCUGUUGACUUGUCGGAAAAUAGUCUCCAGGGAAUCAUCAUCGACCGAGCUCAACACCCUCAGCAACUUAAACCUAUGUGGCAGUUGACCGCCCUCGCAUAUGAACGAGCGGAUGAGAUGUGCCGAUCGCAAGGUGUGGAAGACUGGAUGGUCGUGAUCGCUCUUCGGGAUGCUUUCGUAAAAAACAAUGCGAUGUGCAUUAUCUAG